GAAGUGCCCUGGACUAAUGUCGAUGUAGGUUGUAAAGCAACAUCAUUGACUGUCAAAUGAAGGUGUACACGGAUCCACAACAAGCGUCCACAUCGCAAUCGUCUCAGGAUUCCGUCAAAGCCCAUCAUAGGAAGACCUCAUCGCUAUGGGUUCCUCCUUCGAGGCCCAUAUUUUCGAGCCCCUCGCAAGUGAUUCGGGAAAAAGCCGAGACUGGUGGUCGAAUCCUGAAACGAUAUCGAUGGACGCGGUGGAUAUUCGGAAACGACACCGUACUUCCGGCAUACCGCACCGUUACGCCAAACAAUCAGGCAGAACCUCCGCCAAGGUACGAACACCCGAAUAGGAGAUACGCUGAUAACAGGAUUAGCACUACAAAAUAUAGUAUUUUGACGUUUUUGCCAAGGAAUCUGCUAGAACAGUUACAUCGAGCGGCCAACCUAUAUUUCAUCUUCAUAGUCGUCUUGAACAUGAUCAUUGGAGCGUUUGGGAAAUACAUAUCGCUGAUGCCAAUUUCGUUCGUACUCGGAGUCACUGCCAUAAAAGACGCUUUUGAGGAUUAUCGGCGCUACAAAUCCGAUCAGAAAAUCAACCAUUCCACGUGCCGUGUGUGGGACUCGAGUCAGGGACGAUAUCGCAAACUCGAAUGGAAGCACAUACUUGUUGGCGAUUUCGUACAUCUCUCCCACGACGAAAUCAUUCCUGCAGAUAUCUUACUUCUUCGAAGCAGCGAUGCUAACGGAAUUUGUUAUGUCGACACAUGUAACCUGGACGGUGAGAGCAAUCUCAAGCAACGGCAAGCCAUCCGAGCAAUGGGAAAGUUUCACAACCCAACGGUGCCAUUGAACUUCUCACCGGAUCAGUUCAUGUACAAGGUUUGCUGUGAAGAGCCAACGACAGACGUGUACAAAUUCGAAGGACGUUUGGAAACGAUGGAAGGAGGUGCUCCGCUUCCUCGAGAGUUUACAAUCUUAGCCAAGGAGAAUGUUUUACUUCGAGGAUGUGUUGUCAAAAAUACGGAUUUUGUUGAAGGAAUUGUAUUGUAUGCAGGAAAUGAUACGAAAGCCAUGCUAAACAACAAGGGGCCACGCUAUAAGAGAAGCACCUUGGAAAGACUGACGAAUUUGGACAUCAUAUGGUGCGUAGUGAUUCUUCUUGCGCUAUGUAUCGCCGGUGCAGUGCUUUCAGGAGUGUGGAUGCGGAGUUUUUCCUUACCGUACAAGGUGCCGUUCUUCACUUGGUCCGAAAUGCCAGGAGGCACCGAAUUUCGCCCGUCCUUCGAAAGUUUUUGGAAUUUCUGGUCUUUUAUCAUUGUUUUACAGGUUCUCAUUCCGAUCUCACUAUAUGUUUCUAUUGAAUUUAUCAAAAUUGGGCAAGUAUGGUUGAUUUCUCAAGAUCUGAAUAUGUAUUACGAGAAAGUUGAUAAACGGGUGCAGUGCAGGGCUCUGAACAUCCCUGAAGAACUUGGGCAAAUACAAUACAUUAUGUCUGAUAAGACGGGGACACUUACGGAAAAUCAGAUGGUUUUCCGACGGUGUUCGUUGCGAGGAAAGGAUUUCGGAGGGCAUUCUGUGGCCGCAGCCAUCGAUCAUCCUGCGGAUCGGCUGGGUAGACCACGGCCGUCGAAAGAUCGAGGGCUGGAAGCGCUUCUGAGUCGAGCUGUACGGGAAGCUGACACCGACAGUCACAUUUAUCUGUUUUUCCUUACAAUGGCUAUCUGUAACACAGUCGUGGUCAAUGCCAAACCUCACGAGGAUACGAUGGACCCUGAUGGAGAUAUGAUAGACUAUCAAAUCGAAGAAACAGAGAACGGAGAGCGGUCAACGUUGUCCCCGUUGAGUGUGAAGUUUCUUGAAGAAGUAGAGGAAGAGGUUCCAUCAGCUCUGAGUUUGGAUGCGCAUCGGGAUAGUAUCGAAUUGAUCCAGUUCAAUGAAGAGAAGGACGAGAACACAACCGUAACUGGAUCGGUAGAGCACCCGUCAAAAGAUGACGAUGUAAAAAACGUUGAAGCAAAGGAGAAAGUCUGCGUGAAAAGUCUGCCCGGCAUCCUUCACCGUCCAUCAUUGCUCAGUUUUGCUAAAUUGAAAGGAAUAAAAGAUCUCAGCCCAUUCCGCAGAUCCGUAGACAAGCGCCAGUCACAGUCUUCAACCGAAACCAUCACUCCGCUUCAUUCUUACUACGAUUCGGAAUCUCCCGAUGAACUUGCUCUGGUAGAAGCAGCACGAGAAUAUGGUGUGCGCUUGCUGAAACGAAGAUUUGACGAAAUUGUCAUCUACCUAAGAGCUAGUGCACAGACCAUGAAGUACAAGCUUCUGCACACACUACCCUUUGAUUCUGAUCGGAAGAGGAUGUCAGUUGUUGUGCAAGAAUGUUCUGGAAAGCGACGAGUCUUUUUGUUGACGAAAGGUGCCGAUGCUGCUGUUUUGCCGAUUCUAUCUAACGAGUACACUACUUCUCUGAAAGGAGAAGAGGAAGUGUUCAAGGCUCAAGAGCAUUUGUCAGACUACGCAAGGGAAGGAUUAAGAACGCUAUGCCUAGGAAUCAAAUACUGGAACGAUGAAGAUUAUCAGAAGUGGAGAGCUGUUCACGAAGAAGCUGAACUUGAUCCACACCAUCGUGAAAAUCUGCUUAGGGAUAGCUUUCUAAAAGCUGAGCAAGAUGUAGACCUACUCGGCGUGACAGCAAUUGAGGACCGUCUGCAAGAAGGUGUGCCCGAAUGCAUCCAUCUUCUACGUGAAGCAGGAAUAUGCGUGUGGGUCCUGACAGGUGACAAAGUCGAAACGGCAGUAAAUAUCGCAUUCUCGUCUCGACUUUUUUCAUCUGCUAUGGACCUUCUCAACAUCGGAGCGAAUGGGGUGCGCUCGGUGUCCGAUUUGCUUGAUGAACAUCUUUUGCGUGUGAGCCGCGCUGGGGAGAUUACGGAAGAAGCUGCGUUUGGAUUGGUGCUGAAUGCCUCCUGCUUGGAUUAUUGUCUGGAUCCUCACAACGAGGAACGCUUCGUCAGAUUGCUCAAAAGUUGUCGAAGCGUCCUCUGCUGUCGGGCCACUCCGAUACAGAAAGCGGCUUUGGUGAAAUUGGCGAAAACUCGUCUGAAUGGCAAAGUUCUCGCCAUUGGUGAUGGAGCCAAUGAUGUUUCCAUGAUUCAGUCAGCGGACGUCGGUGUGGGUCUGUCAGGCCAAGAGGGCAUGCAAGCUGUCAUGGCGAGCGAUUUUGCUAUGGCUCGAUUCCGCUUCCUAGCAAAUCUUCUUUUGGUACAUGGGCACUGGUGUUAUCAGCGAUUGGCGCAGACAAUUCUAUACUUUUUCUACAAAAAUGCGAUGUUCGUCUUCACGAUUUUCUGGUACCAAUUAUUCAGUGGCUUCAGCUCUCAAGUCCCUAUCGACCCCAUCUAUCUUAUGGUUUACAACUUGUUAUUUACAUCAGUUCCCGCACUUUUAUACGGUUGCCUCGAGCAAGAUGCCUCUGCGGACGUACUUCUUGAUGUGCCGCAAUUUUACGAUCAAGGUCGAUUAGGAAAGAAAUACCGUUGGUACUCAUUUUGGCUGAAUAUGCUGGAUGCUAUAUGGCAAAGUGCUGUCGUCUAUUGGAUAUGUCAUUUUACUUACACCGACACGGACUGCGAUAUGUGGACUUUUGGCAUAGUUAUGUGCGCCCAGCUACUGUUCGUCAAUACAUUCCACCUUGCAUUACUUUUGCAAUAUUGGACAUGGCCCAUGCUCUUGUCAAUGAUCUUUUCUCUGAGCUCGUUCUUUGUCUGUGCACUGCUGUACAACGGCUUUGUGACAGCCGAAUGGACAUGGACAAACGUCAAGGACACACCAGUCUCCACAGCCCAGCUAGCGAUGAUUGAUCCCGUCUUUUGGCUGGUGCAAUUGCUUUCGAUCGUCCUCUGCCUCAUCCCACGUUUCACCCUUAUGACGAUUGUGAAUUCUAUUCGUCCAUCUCGAGUGUUGAAACGUCGACAGCUGAACGCAGUAGACAACAAGCCACAACCUUUCACUCCUUUUUCUUGCUGCAUGCGGGUACUAUGCAACGGAGAAGCACGUGUACAUAAUAAAUCCGAAGGAACCGGUCCGCGAAGUUUGCCAGCUUGACCUACACGACUUCCUCGUGAGCUGUAGCUAGCUAGUUUUACUCACCUCCACUCUAUGAACCUCGCUAUUAACAUUUCACUGGUCUGACGAGUCACUUAAGCACGCUUACUCAAACGUUUCUCACUGUCUUGUUUCUCAUUCUAUUGAUUCAAACUGCCUUAUUGUACAAAAAAUGCCAAAUCUGUAAGGACUUAGUGACUUUUGAUGAAGAAUGGUAUUUAUCGGG